ACGUAUCCAACCGGGCUCGAACAGUAGCAUGGAUUGGGUUUUUCCGUUGCCAUCUUCCAUUUCGUUUGCGUCACGUUGAUUUUCCUCCACCCUGUCCUUUCCCUCAAACCGAAGUCUUGCACUAGUUUUCGACUUCCUUCUUUCUAAAUAAUUUGCUAAUUUUCAUUUUAAAGAUUUUCCUUGAGAGUUGGGUUCAGUUGAAAGUUGACGCAGACAGAGGACGGGCGAAAGCCUAAUCAUCAAACCCUAAAAGCCGUGAUCGCUUAUUCCCUUGGUCUCCGGUCUUCAACUGCAAAAUGACAAGAAAUUCAAAAUCAAUUGCGGUGCGGUUGAUUUAUUAAGCUAGCAAUGAACGCUUUUGCGCAGUCGAAGUGAAGAAGAACAGCAGGAGAGAGAGAGAGAGAGCGAGAGCUUGUUCGGAGAUAUCAUCCAGUCAUGUGGACAAAUGUUUUUAGAAUCGGAGGUCUCAGUCAAAUAUCGUGGUUCCAGUUUCUACCAGUUGAAUCUGAUUUAAACUCUCUGCCAGACAAAAGCAUAAAAGCAGAGCAGAAAGAUGCUGCUACGUUGCUUGUUCUCUCAUCCCACCUGCAGCUGCAGAAGGAAGGAUUCCUCAGUACAUGGACCAACUCCUUUGUUGGGCCUUGGGAUCCAUCUCAAGGUCUGCAUAAUCCAGAUGAGAAAAUUAAGCUGUGGCUUUUCAUCCCGGGACGUCAUGUGUCUGUCCUGGAAUCAGCUCAAUCUGCAGUGUCCAGGUUAAGAGUUGUUGCUUCUGGACUUUGGUUGGCUCCUGGUGACUCAGAAGAGGUUGCUGCUGCCCUUUCUCAGGCUUUAAGGAAUCGCAUAGAAAGGGCACUUCAUGGAUUCUCCUACAUGAGAUUCGGUGAUGUAUUUUCAAAGUAUCAUCCUCCUCAAAUUGAAGAAUGUUUCAGGAGAGCACAGCCUACAGUUGAGUUCAUCUUUGCCGCUACACAAGAAUCAAUUUUUGUACAUACCAUAAUAUCCUCAAAGCAUAUCCGAGCGCUUUCAACUAGUGACAUAGAAAAAGUUCUAGAGCAUUCUUCCAAAAAUUCCAGUUACCUGCUUCCUGUGAUAAUUUCCCCGCAUGGAAUGCGUGGUAGGCUGACAGGAUGUAGUCCAAAUGAUCUUGUCAAGCAAGUCUAUUUCAGGUGGACUUUGUUUUUGAUUUAUUAA